UGCCGGGGCUGGGGGCGGGUUCCCGGGCAGCCCGCGGGGCGGAGGCUAGCGGAGCCAGGGGCUGGCGGGUGCCCUAGGAGCCAGGUGACGCGCGGUGGGAGGUGGGAACCUUGGGUGAAGCAGCCCGUAGCAUCGCCAUCCCCAGGCGCGGAAUCCGAGUGAUCCGUCGAAGAGCGGCCAUCAGGGUUUACGAGCACAUUUGGGGGGGUCGGCUCAAAGAGCAGAUCGACUCAGCAGCAAGCCUGAGAUGCUUCGUUAACGACUACCUUCAAGAGAUUAUGAUGUGGGAGGUUUCCAAAUGAUGCAGUGAGAAGCCCAGUGUUGGAAACCCCACUGUCACACCUCCAGGGGGUGUAUUUAUGGAAGGGGUGGCUCUUCUUGCACACCAUGAGACCAUUUGCCGUCAAUCUGGGAAGAUGUGGCUUAUGAUCAAGAAAUGUAGUAUGGAGCAGGUUGAGGGAGGUGGGGCUCCCCCCCCCCCCGGCCCGAUUUGAUAAACGGAUGUGUACAUAAUAUGUAUGUGAGAGAGAGGAGAGAGAGGAAGCAGCACUUACAUGGGAGCCAUUGAGAUGGACAGUAGAAUGUACCGUCGGUGACCUCUGCCAUCGGCAUGCCUAUGAUCUGAUUGAGCUUCUAGAGAUUCCAAGAAAGGUUCUAAAGAGAAGCUAUGACUGUGUGGAUGGCGAACUGGACUGUUAUGACCUGAGUGGCAAGCGGAAGGCUUUCCUCAUGUGUGUGGAGAAGAACAGACCCGGGGCUCACCGGGACGUCAUGCUAAUGACCGAAUGGCUUGGCCAAUGCCAGUUUGAGCAUACUUCGUGCAUCGAUCCAAACAAAAUGGAGUUACUUGGGAAAAUAUCAUCAUUCCGGGAUGGACUCAAUGAAAUUAAGGAUGAUGUUGGCUGUUGCCUUGUUACUCUUAUGUCCCAUGGGGAGAAAGGCUUUAUUAAGAUGAAAGAUGGUGAGAGAGUCAGCCUGGAGGACAUUUUUGAAAUGUUUAAUAAUAAAAAUUGUCCGGCACUUCAAGAGAAACCAAAGAUCUUUAUAAUCCAGGCCUGCAGAGGAGAGAAAAGAGAUAAUGGUGUUGAGACAGACGAUGAACCCAUGGAGUCUGAUGACGUAUCUGAGAAGAGGAGGCUGCCCACGUUCAGUGAUUACUUCAUCAUCUAUCCAACCCAGGCAGAUGAAGCCGCCGUGAACACACGUGUGUACAUCUUUGGGCGUAUGUUUUUGUUCUCCUUGGGUAAAUACGAAGAAGUGGAAUGGUUGGUUCACAUAGUAGAUCACGUUGCUUUACGGCACCCUCGCACGGGCUCGGUGAUGAUUGAAGCGAUGGCUGAGGUCUUUAAACAGCAUGGAAAUAAGUGGCACAUCGCUGACUUUUUCACCAAAAUUCGAAUCCAGUUAAGCUUUCCAACACCCCUCAGGGACCUCCUGGGAUUCACAUCCCCUGUGACAGAUGGGGGCGAGUCGGUGGCCGAGCUGGCACCCCAGCCUGGGCAGAGUGCUCCUAGAGUUCAUGCCCUAAUCACAAUUACAUAUGAAUUAGUCCACACCUGCCCAAGGUAUGGUAACUAUUUUUGUUUCUUUCAAAUAGAAAGAUUUAAUUUUAAUAAUUUACAUAUGAUGCUUAGCAGCCCUUCAAACUCCUUCUCACCUCAUUUGAGGUCAGAGUUUGGUGGGGGUGGGACGUGGAAGGGAGGGACCACAGACAAUUUUGACGCUCAUUCCAACCAAAUGCCCGAGUAUUUUCUAUCGCUCAAUUUCUCUGAGAAAACAGUUUCUUGUCAGCUUCUCAGCAAUGUUAUAAUAAAGACAGAUUUGGCCAGCUGUAAAUGGAAAUCCAUCGUAGCUAAGGCUAGCUGAAAAAUUGUUUGGCUGACCGACGUUCAUUAAGCCUUUACCGAACACCCUUUAUUUUUAAAGUGCUUGCUGAGUAGACACUGGCGAAGAAAAAAAUAAAUCCAUAAAUGAGCAUGAUGGGGCCUUUGCAUUAAAGGCCCUCACGGCCCAGUGACGUGGAAGGGUGGCUGAUGUGCUCACAGCCAACCCUGGGAUUAUAGGGCCACGGGGUGCUUUGGACAUAACAUAACCCAACCCUUUCAUUUUACGGCGGGUUCCCUUGCCUACUCAUCCCCAGGGGCAAGUUGAGACCAAACCCAGGUCUGUGGACCCUGGAGUCCAGACAGCUGCAUUCCAGGCACUUGGGGGGGCCAUGCUCCUUCCACCGCCAUUGGCAUAUUGCUUUCCGAAAUGCAUAGAAUUCUGCCACUUCACGCCGUAGGGUUGACUAAAAGGCUUUCGCUCAGGGCUUUUGAACAGUUUGUACUUUAACC